CCCUAUUCAUGUGCUUCUUUUGACGGACGUUUUUUUGUUUUGUUCUUUAAAACGGUAGUUUGUUCUUACUUUUCUGCGAAUUUAUGAAUUAAAUACUUCAUUCUUAAAUAUGGAAGCUGGAGAAUCAUUUCUAUCAUGUGCUGUGAAUAUGGAAUGGGUGACCCCACAAGGAUCCAUAAGUCGUAAGGUUAAUUACAAAACCGCUUCACUUCGACUCAUACGAAAUGAGUUCCGUGAAAUGUACAUGGAAGUAUCGAGUGAAAAACAUGCUGCAAUCAGAUUAGCAUUAAAGGCCAUUAAUGUAUUUAAGAAAUUCAUGGCAGAAGGAAAAGCUAGUAUUAAAUUUCAAGAGGCAGGAUGCACACUCUUCAUUUCGAAUGCUCCCCCAACAAACUUAGUUUCAUUUUUACGAACUAUAUUUGUUAAAAUGACUGGUGAUAAAGAGCAAGCUUCAUGUAGUUAUUCAAAACAAACAAUGAGAACCAAAUUAUUAAGUGGAAAGACUCAAGCAUUUGAAGAAAUAAGUCCUGUGACACUAGCUGAUAUGCACAGUGCUAAAACUAAGAUUUCUAAAUCAAGUAUAACAACUCCUUCGCCACCAUCAAAAAAGCGAAAAGCUGAAGAUUUAAGUAGAGGCCCAGCGCCCAAAAAAUUGUAUUCUCCCUCACCAUUGACUGCCACAAGUUCACUAAAUACAGAACAACAAAGAGUACUAGAAGCUUGUCUUAGUGGUAAAAAUAUUUUUUUCACUGGGUCUGCAGGAACUGGUAAAAGUUAUUUAUUGAAGAAAAUUGUAGCAGCUUUGCCACCAGAGGUAACAGUUGCUACUGCUUCAACUGGAGUUGCUGCAUGUCAUGUUGGUGAGUUUUAUGCUACAUUUGCAUCAUUUAAUUAUAAAAAAUAUAAAAGACUGAAUGUAUGUAAGUACUUCUAUUAUUUAACAUAUGAAAUUGUAAUAAUUUUAAUUAUAGGUGGAACUACAUUACAUGCUUUCGCGGGAAUAGGAGACGGAAGAGGCACUUUACAAAACCUUUGUGAAAAGGCGUUGAAGUUACCUCUUGUAGCUCAAAAAUGGCGAAAAUGCAAACAUUUGAUUAUUGAUGAAAUAUCUAUGGUUGACGGAAUAUUUUUUGAGAAAUUGGAAGCAGUGGCAAGAUAUGUGAGAAAAAAUGAUAAACCAUUUGGAGGUAUCCAGCUUAUACUUUGUGGUGACUUUUUACAAUUGCCACCUGUAGUGGACAAAGGAAGAAAUGAAAAGAAGUUUUGUUUUCAAUCUCCAUGCUGGGACAAGUGUAUUGAACUUUGUUUUGAAUUAAAAGAAGUUCACAGGCAAAAAGAUCAGGAAUUUAUAUCCAUACUUAAUAAUAUUAGAAUUGGUCGAGUGACAAAAGAGAUAAGUGACAGAUUACUCAAUACUGCCAGACAAAAAAUUGAAAGUGAUGGCAUUUUAGCUACAAUACUAUGUUCACAUACAAAUGACUCCAAGAUGAUUAAUGAUACAAAACUUAAAGAUUUAAAUGGUGAUACUAAAAUUUAUUCCUCUCAGGAUAGUGACAAUGCUACUAAAUUAUUAGAUAUGCAGACAAUUGCACCCUCAAAAUUGGUUUUGAAAAUAGGUGCUCAAGUAAUGUUGUUAAAAAAUAUUAAUGUGAAUGCUGGUCUAGUGAAUGGUGCUAGAGGGGUUGUCAUAAGGUUUGAAGAGGGUUUCCCUGUGGUAAGAUUUAAAAAUAAGAAAGAGUAUACAGCAAGAACAGAAAGAUGGUAUGUUAAAAAUUCUAAUGGUACACUACUCUGCCGUCGACAAGUUCCACUAAAUUUAGCAUGGGCCUUUUCAAUACACAAGUCACAGGGUUUGACUUUGGACUGUGUUGAGAUGUCUUUGUCUAAAAUAUUUGAAGCCGGUCAAGCGUAUGUUGCCCUGAGUAGGGCUCAAAGUUUAGACACAUUGAGAGUUUUAGAUUUUGAUUCACGUCAUGUUUGGGCAGACCCACACGUGUUAGAAUUUUAUCAAAAAUUCAGACGACGUUUACAACAAAUGGAAAUAAUUCCACUUGGAAGACCAUUGUCUGAUAAAACUAAUAAAAAAAUUAAACUGAGAGAUUUAAUACAAAAACACUUAAACCACAGGUGAUUUAACCUGGUAAUAUACUCACAAAAAUCCAUUGUACGAACAGCAUUGUCUAUAUUUUAGUGUUUAAGACUGACAUAUGCAUUUAUUUAUUUGAAAUAAUGAACAAAAAUUUUACAUAAAUAAUAAUUAAGUAAAAAUAAAGAAUUUUAUAUUUGAAAACAUGCACAUUUAUUUAUCCUUAAAAAAUGUUAUUUAUUCUUGUAGUAUUAAACAUUUAUUAUUUAUCUUGCUUCUACAGCAGUUAGAAUUUCAAUCUGUUCUUCCAAAGUAGCAUGCUUUUCUUGAAGGCUUUUUACUAUGUAUUUCAUAGUUUCAAGGUUUUGUUCUGUUUCUUGUUUAGACAGUUUAGAGGUUUCCACAGUCUUCCGCAAUGUUUCUAUAAGUUUUUUAUUCUGUGUAAGUUCUUCACUUAGCAAUGAAAUUAUACGAUCUUGCUUUUUCACCAUUAACCACAACUGUGCUUCUGUUGGUGCUUCAGGUUUCCAUUUUAAGUCAUCAGUAAUAAAACUAUCUAAGUUUGUAGGUUCCUUCAACUUGUUCAAAUUACUUUUUACAUCAAUAAUCAGCUGGGCUUGUGAUUGUUUGCAGAGCAAUUUUUCUAUUCUUGUUUUUGCUGUUGUGUCAUUCUGUAAAUCAAAACAAUGUUACCUAAAUAAAAAUGAACAGAUAACCGAAUGAUUAAUUUUGAUGCACUAAAAAAUAUAACUAUUGUUGCAAAAUUAAUUUAGUUACAAAAUUAAUACAGUGGUCAAGCACAAAACUAAAUUGAAGAACUUUAGGGUGCCUAUGUAUCCCAGUUUAUAGAAAAUGAAACUUUUAAUCUUACCUGAAAGGAUUUUUCCAUUGUAGGUGCAAAUAUUGUGGGUACAGCAUUUUCUUUUAAUUUCCUUUGAGCGUCAAAAUAUUUUUUUUCAAAAUGUCUAGAGCAAAUCUUACUUUUCGUCCAGUCUAGCAUAGCACAUUUAUUUUUAAGCAUCAACAACCAUUUAUUUCUCAUGUCACUUGAGGUAGGGCAUCUGUAACACAAGACUUUUUAUAGAAUUUACGGUUCCAAGGUUGGUAUUUACUAAAAAUGUAAUACAUAUUUUUUUAUAAAAUAAUCUAUUAUAAAUAAAACUAAUUUUAAACGGUUUUAAAGGACUUUUUAAAUUGUUUUUGUAAUGUUGAUGGUAUUACUUACGAAUGAAAAUUUACGGAUGGUGGUUUAUUGUAUGUAGAAAUUUUGCAACUCGUAAUCGCACAGUGCACGUUGUUCAUUUUUUAUUAUUAUUUUCAAUUCACUACCACUAGCAAUAUCACUUUGGCAAACCAAUCGAAUAUAUUAACAACCUCCGAAGACAGGAAAUUUCUAUCACAGAUUUCGAUUUCAUGCCAUAGUUUCAUGCAAACAAAACGAACAAAACAAUCCAUAAAGAAAAUAAGGAUGCCGAUCUGUGAUCGAUUUUUAAUCGAUAUAUAGUAUUAAAUCGUUCAAGUUCAUUGAUAUUUCACCCUUAAAAAUCGACUUUCGAUUCUUUCUGUUUUGGUAUAAACCAUAAAAUUAUUUACAAUUAGUUAAAUAUACCUGUAUUAAUAGAGUGCUGCCGAUUAUUUAUUUUUUUAAAUAAAUUAUUUAAAAACACGAAGGCACUAAAAAAGUACCUCCACUAGAUGGCGACUCUAGCAAAAGUUGAUUUUUGCAGGAAAUGAUUGGACCAAAGACAGUCUUUUCCGUUUCUUUUAACUAAUAUAUUAAAAAAUUUGCAAAGUUGGAAACUUAUAUCAUUUAAUUUACUUAUAAACUUGAAAGAAAACCGGAAAGGUUGUCAUGGAGAAAUCAAGAACGUACCGUAGCGACAUCUAGUUUGAUUUUGGGAACUAAUGUUUUCUUUUAAAAUACCUCCUCAUAUCAUAGUGGAUCAAAACACAUUUGUAUUUAUAAGUGUAGCGUCUCUAAUAAUAUUUUUAAACUCACACGAUUUGUAUACAUUAUAAUUAUAUGCAAUCGGGUCUUGUUCG